AUGAUGGCCGCGGACGUGAGCUCUGUCGCGAGGCUGCUCCGCGGGGAGGCGGGGAGGAAGGGCGGGCCGGAGAUCGUGACAAUGGAUCUUCUCGGCGGCUGCGGCGGCGGCGCGGCACCGGAAGACGAGGUCGUGGACCUCGAGGUCACGGUGCCUGCUGGCUGGGAGCGACGGCUUGACCUCCUGUCCGGCAAGACUUUCCUGACUCCUCGCCACCCGAGCGUGCAAGGCGGCCACCAAUACCUCAACCUUCCUCCACCGGCGGCAGCCGCGGCGGAGGCGCCCACCACCAACUCAACCGCGGUCUGCACCCUCGACAUGGUCCGCUCCGCCCUCGAGCGCGCGGCCGCCGGGAGGACCACCGCAUCGCCGCCAACGUCGUCCACAUCGUCCGCGUCGACCUCGUCGUCCUCCUCCGCGGGAAAGCGCAACCGGUCGCCGCAGCCCGCGAUGCGCGCAGCCGCGUGCCCGUCUUGCCUCACGUACGUGCUCAUCGCCGAGGAGGACCCCCGGUGCCCGCGUUGCGCCGCCAGGGUGCCACCGCUCCGCGGGAAGAAGUCCGCCGCCGCCGAAGGCAGCGGCAAGAAGCCGAGGAUCGACCUGAAUGCGGCCGCUGAUGAGACAGAGUGA